AUGGCGGCCAAGUCAAAGAAGCGGCUGUCUAAAAUUGAAAAUAAGUUAUUAAAAUUGGAAAAACUAGAAAUUACUGAUGUGCUUUGUUCAAUUUGUCAGUCUAUUCUUGUAGAACCUGUUACAUUACCCUGUUAUCAUGACUUUUGCCUACGUUGUUUUAAGGGUAGCAUAGAAAAUAAUUCUUUGUCUUGUCCCCUCUGUCGCUUGCGUAUUGGAUCUUGGUUAAGAACAGCAACAAAACAAAAGAAUCUGGUUAAUUUGCAACUUUGGGAUUAUAUUAAAAAUAAGUUCUCAUAUGAAAUAGAUAAAAAGUUAAAAGGGGAUGAUUUAAAUUUACCAGAAGAGAAACCAUUACUUCGUUUAAGUGCACCUGGAGAAAUUAGAUUAGAAUAUGAGGCAGAACUAAAGAGAUUGAGAUCUGAAAGACUAAGACUUGAACAGAAACAUUUAGCUGAAACAGAGCUCCUAAUAAGGAAACUUCAGUUAGAAGAAGAAGAAGCCCACAAGAGAUAUUUAGAAUGUGUAAAACAAGAUGAAACAUUUGCAAAACAAUUACAGGAGAAACUUGUUGAAACUACUGCUUCACUGGUUACAAACAAGGAAACUCCCAAAAAUACUCACAUUAAAUCGCAUCUCAAGACUAGAAGGAUUGAGGCUUAUUUAUCUAAAUUUCAAGCACCUAUUAAAGAAAGUCCAAUAUUAACUGAUGAUAAUAUAAGUAAUGAAGGCACCACUCCAAAAAUUGCCACAAUAAAAUCUAGCAGUAGGCCAUCUCCAGAAAUAAUUCCUAACUAUGGCAAGUUACUCAAGAAUUUCUUAGACAAGAAAAUUAAAAACGGUGUUGGUGUUUGGAAUAAAGAAAAUGGUGAAAAUUGCACAAAGACAUUGCUGCCUGUUGAAGAGUCUAAUAAUAAGAAAGAAUCUGUAACAUCGCAAGAUAAAAGUGAUGUUAAGUCAAAAACUAUGAUACAAUCAUUGUUAGUUUCGCUUCCAUUGCCCUAUACAGGAAUAUUGCACAGUAAAAAUAACACUACACAAAAUAGGCAUUUAGAAACUGGUAGUGUUGACUCAAUGCAACAAGAAUUGUGUUACUUUAAACCUAUUGAUGGUUCUACACCGAUAAGUUUCAGUUCAAAUAAGAAUUAUCCGUUACGUGUGCCAAGUGUGCGUGCAGUACUAGAAAAAACACCUCUGCAGCAGGUGACUCAACCAAGUCGAGCUGAGUAUCUUGAAAGCUUAUGCCGCCUACGGAAUAUAUCGCUGGCGCAGAAAUUACCCUCUGCUUUUGUUAUUGCCCUUGGUAUUUUAAGAGUUAAAAAGGACACUUUUACAAAAGCGGAUACAAGGUUACGAAUUGAAGAAACUGCUGUAACUGCUUGUGUCUCACCAAACGAGUCUAUAAAAAGAAAUUCAAAUACAAACAAACAUAUAGCGAACAUUGAUGGAGUCAUUAAAUUGAACACAGAAAAGUCUUUAAGACGCACCAGAUCAAUGGGAAGUAUAGCGAAAGACGAAAACGAAGUUACGCCCAAGAAACAACUCAAAGAUAGAAAGGUCUCUUCAGAUAGAAAAGUCUAUUUUAGAAGUAAAUCAAAAAAGCUGAGUGUGAUAAAUGAAAUAGAUAGUGAUGAUAGCCCACCUUUAGUUAUUGAAACAAUAAAUAACAAUAACAUAAAUUUAGCUGUAAAAAACUUGUCUAGUCCAUUGGAGAAUAAUUGUGAUGUUAAAAAUAUUUUACGGGAACAACUAAGGAUUGAAAAAUUGAUUGAACAAGAAAAAAGUGAUUUUGAAUUAGCUCAGAAGAUGGACGCAGAAUGGAAUGGCCGUAGGCAGUUGCGUCGGGCGGCUUCCAAACGCCAGGUUACACUCAAUUAUUCACUAAGGCCUGCCAAAAAAUUAAGAGUUUAG